AUGAAUCUUUCAAAGGUCCAGAUCUUGCUGGCAUGGAUUCUCUGUGUAUUUGCCGGUCCAGUAUUCUGCUCAGAGGACGAGACUCGUCUGGUGAAUAACCUGUUUGCUGGUUACAACAAGGUGGUUCGUCCAGUUAACCACUUCAAAGACGCCGUAGUGGUUACAGUGGGACUGCAGCUAAUACAGCUUAUCAGUGUGGAUGAAGUUAACCAGAUUGUGACCAGUAAUGUACGUCUCAGACAGCAAUGGUUAGAUGUGAACCUGAAGUGGAAUCCAGAUGAAUACGGAGGCGUCAGGAAGAUCAGAGUCCCUUCAACCGACAUAUGGAAACCUGACCUGGUGCUAUACAACAAUGCUGAUGGUGACUUCGCCAUCAUCCAUGAAACCAAAGUCCUGUUGGAGCACACCGGGAUGAUAACAUGGAACCCGCCGGCCAUCUUUAAAAGUUACUGUGAGAUUAUUGUCCUCCAUUUCCCGUUCGACCUGCAGAACUGUAGCAUGAAACUGGGAACAUGGACCUAUGAUGGACUGCUGGUCGUCAUCAACCCAGACAAUGAUCGGCCUGACCUCAGUAACUUUAUGGAGUCGGGUGAAUGGGUGUUAAAGGACUACAGGAGCUGGAAACACUGGGUUUACUACACCUGCUGUCCCGACACACCAUACCUUGACAUUACCUACCAUUUCCUUAUGCUGCGGCUGCCUCUCUAUUUCAUUGUGAACGUCAUCAUUCCCUGCAUGCUGUUCUCUUUUCUCACCGGGCUGGUCUUCUACCUACCUACUGACUCUGGUGAAAAGAUGACUCUCUCCAUCUCCGUCCUGCUGUCUCUGACUGUCUUCCUGCUGGUUAUUGUGGAGCUGAUCCCCUCCACCUCCAGCGCUGUUCCUCUCAUAGGGAAAUACAUGCUCUUCACAAUGGUGUUUGUCAUCGCCUCCAUUAUCAUCACUGUCAUUGUCAUCAACACACAUCACCGCUCGCCCAGCACGCACACCAUGCCCGCCUGGAUCCGCAAGGUCUUCAUCGAAACCAUUCCCAACAUGAUGUUCUUCUCAACAAUGAAGCGGCCCAGCCAGGAAAUUCGGCAGAAGAGGUUGUUCCCUACUGACAUGGACAUCUCUGACAUCUCAGGUAACCCCACCCCCACCAGUGUCACCUACCAGUCUCCCAUCACUAAAAAUCCUGAUGUUCGCAGCGCAAUAGAAGGGGUGAAGUACAUCGCUGAGACAAUGAAAUCAGACGAGGAAUCUAACAAUGCAGCAGAGGAGUGGAAGUUUGUUGCCAUGGUUUUGGACCACAUCCUGCUCUGUGUCUUCAUGGCCGUGUGCAUCAUCGGGACGGUCGGCGUCUUUGCUGGGAGACUCAUCGAGCUCAACAUGCUGUAGAGAGGCCUGACGCAUAAAGGAGUAUGUGUAUUAUCAAGAUGUACGUCACACAUCAGAAAAGCUUUUAUCAUUGGAUUGGUUCAGGUUGUGCUUGCUCUCUUUCCCGCUCUGUCUCUCACACAGUUUGAGUUGGUUUUUAAAUGCUGUAGUGAAGUGACAUGUUGUGUAUUUGAGGAGACUGCACUUGAAGGCAAAUCAUGCAUCUUAAAGGCAUGAGUUUCGUCAUGGUUCGUCACUAAGAAUUUUUCUAUUGUUUUUGUUUUCUACAGUGUUUUAUUGCUGUUAACUCUACUGGGCUCUAUGAGUGUAUUUUGACUCUUGUGUAAAAGUCCAGUAACAGUAAUAAUUGAUUUGUUUUGUUUUGUCUUUUUUGGCAGCUUGUUUUAAGGUUUGAGUCAGAACAUUUAGUUACCUGUUAAAAUAAAAACAUUAGCAUAAGAACAUUUUAAUUUCUACCAUACUGAAGACUAACUGAGAAUGGAUGCUAUAUAAUUAGUCAAUACAAGUACUUUCUAUUAACAUUUUGAGUGAAUAGAAAAUUAACCCUGUCUCCAUCCCAUUACUGUGGGUCAGUUGAAAGCUUCAGCUUAGCGUGAAUGUCUGUGUAAAACCGGACUUGGAUGUUACAGGAAAGGGACGAAGAUCUGUUCAGCUUGUUUGAAACAGAGCCACUAAUUUAACUGUAUUUAACUGUAAUCCAAUUCCAUUUCCAGCUGUAUAGGCCGAGUCUCGUUGAUGGCAUAGUCUUCGUCUUGUAGUGCAGGCAAGACAUUUUCCUGCCUGGAAGUUUUAUUGUUUUGUUCUGCCUGACACUCAUUGGACUUCUAAACUUCUCAUAUAUAUUUAUGGUUUAAGGUUGUGAAUUGUUUAAAUUAUUCAUGAGUUAGUGGCAAGGUUUGCUUUGUUACUGAUGCAUGUAAGUUUCUCUUAACUCAGUUGUAGUUUGUUAAGAGCUCAUUCAUUUUGAAUAAUACUUUUUGCAUAAAGGAUUUUCAAACACAGUCCUUCACAUGUUGAAAAUCUGUAAUCUGUUAAAAAAAAAAAAAAAAAAAAAACUUAAACCAACAAACUGUUGUAGGUAAAGUUGCCGGUGAAUAUCGAGCCAAGGGAGGCAUGGCGUUUGUUCUCGGGCAGCCAUCUCAAAGCUGCACCAAGCUGGUAUGCUGCUCCUCUCUGACACUUUUGAUUUGUCACUUCUUCCACGUGGAGAUUCAUUGUUUAGGGAACAUGGGAUUAAAGCUGGUAAGAAUCGUUUUGCUUUAAUUGCAUAGCAAAUAAAACAAGCAAGUGACAGAGCAAAGGAAGAUUGUAAAACAAUGGAAGUGAAAAAAUCCAUCAAAUUUAAUUUUGAAAUAUCACAGCAGCAGUGUUACUGCCUGUUAACAGCAACCAGCUGAAGGCAACUUGAUUUAUUUUGCUGCUGUUCCUUAGGACAAGAAACCCUUAGUUUGGUUUAAUGAAUAAAUGAAUAAAGUUCUGCUCUCA